AUGGACAAAUUGAUUGACGAUGAAAUGUUAGUUGCUCAGUUCCAAUCCGGUCGCCAAAACGCUUUUGAUGAGUUGAUGAAACGCUACAAAUCCAAGAUUUUCUCGUACCUUCUGCGUUCGGUCAGAAAUUAUGAGGAUGCUGAGGACAUCACCAUCGAAGUUUUUUUUAAGGCGUACCGCGCCCUUGAUAACUGGCAACCGAAAGCCAAGUUUUCAACAUGGCUCUACAAGAUCGCGUCCAAUCUCGCUAUUGACUAUCACCGUACAAAAAUGCGGCAUCCUGUCUAUGCUUUGGAGGACACGGAAAUCCCUGAAGCGAAUCUCGUUGCCACCGAUCUUCACAGCGAUCCCGUCCAGCAAAUAGAAGAGCAGGAACGCGGACGCAUCAUCCGUGAGGCGGUCGAUCAGCUCUCCCCGAAACAGAAAGCAGUCUUUAUGUUAAGUCGAUAUGAAGGUUUACAACUUAAAGAGGUCGCUGAAACGUUGGAUAUGGCGGAAGGGACCGUGAAAAUUCACCUUCACCGUGCGGUAAAGCGCCUGCAAACAUUGUUGCGCCCCCUCUGGGAAAACAAUGAAAUCUAA